AUGCUUGAGUGCUCUUUCAACACUGCCUGCACUCCUCCUCCUCCUUCGUGGCUUUCCAACUUUUUGAACAAGUUUAAUGGUGAUAAGCCAGAAUCCUGCCCAUUCUAUUUCAAAUGGAUUGUUGCAGACCUUUGGCCUUGGAAAGAGAGUGGAAUUACAUUGCAGAUGGUUGAAGAAGCAAAGAAAAUGGCAUCAUUUAGACUGAUGAUUGUUGAUGGAAGGUUGUUUGUUGAGAUAUAUAAAAAGUGUUACCAAACCAGGGAUUUUUUUACCAUUUGGGGAUUUUCUCAGUUGUUGAAAUUGUAUCCUGGAAUGGUUCCCGACUUGGACCUGAUGUUCAAUUGUGAUGAUAGACCUCUUGUCAGCAGGUUCACUUACACGACCACGAAGGACCCCCCUCCUUUGUUUCGCUACUGUGGGCACGCAGAUUUUUAUGACAUUCCAUUUCCAGAUUGGUCUUACUGGGGAUGGGUUGAGGUUAGGUCAUCACCAUGGGACAUCUUAAUCAGAGAAAUCCGAAAUGGAAGCGAAGAAAUGAAAUGGGUUAACAGAAACCCAAUUGCCUAUUGGAAAGGAAAUCCAACAGUUGCAAGAAUAAGAAUGGAACUUCUCAAAUGCUCCAAGAUUCCCAACUGGAAUGGUCAACUUAUUGUACAGAGGGACAAGACUGGGGAAGGGAGGUCAGAGAAGGGUUUAAACAUUCCAAACUGUCUCAACAAUGCAAGCACAGAGAAGAUGUGUGAAUCUCUCAACAAUACUGUAAACUGGGGAAAUAGUCAUACAGAAGAGGCAAUGGAGAUAGGCAAUGCAGGGAGUGAUUUCUUGUUGAAUGAGCUGAAAAUGAAGCAUGUUUAUGAUUAUAUGUUCCAUGUUUUAACAAAGUAUGCCAAGCUAUUGAAAUAUAAGCCAUUUGUUACCAAAAACUCUAUGGAGUAUUGUUCAGAAGCAAUGAUGUGCUUUGCCAAUGAAGUAGAAAAGCAAUACAUGAAGGACACACUGAUCACAACUCGUAGUCCUUCACCACCUUGUGAUAUAGGAGAAUUACAUGCCAAUAUUGAAGCAAUUAAGGAAUAUGCAGAAGAGAAUAAGGAAACACAGUUUAAUGUUAAAUGGGUGGAAGAGAAAUAA